AUGUUGGCGACUCAUAAUAAUUUGAAACAAGAAGUGGCGACAACGGACAAUGGUGUAAUAGUGGCUCCAAAUUAUAUACCUCAAGUCAUCGUAACUUCGUCACCAAAUGCUGGAGUUUCGACCAAUGUGGGACCAACGAUGCAACAGUAUGCAUCACCUGAUGAUGAUGGAAUCGAUUGCUCACCAUGCUGUAAUAAUGGUAAUAUCAGGCGAACAUUCCAAAUAAUCUGCCUUGGCCAGGUUUUAUCGAUUUGUCUUUGUGGAACUGGUGUAGCUAGUGAAAUACUUCAAAAACAAGAUAUUCGAACACCAGCUGCGCAAAGUUUCUUGAGUUACUUCUUCUUAUCUUGUGUUUAUAGUACCUUAUUGAUAUGUAGAAAAGACGGGGAAACAUUUUUUUCAAUUUUUCUAAAGCGAGGAUGGAAAUAUUUCAUUUUGUCUUUUUUGGAUGUUCAAGCCAAUUAUAUUAUUGUUUACGCUUAUCAGUUUACGAAUUUGACUAGUAUCCAGUUAUUGGAUUGUGCGACCAUUCCGACAGUUUUAUUGCUUUCUUGUUUGUUUCUUUCGGCCAGAUAUUUGGUUACUCAUAUUAUUGGUGUAAUGGUAUGUUUAAUUGGAAUUGCAAUGUUAAUUUGGGCAGAUGUGCUUGAAGGAAAGGGUCUUUCUGGAGGCUCAAAUAGACUUUUGGGUGAUAUUCUAUGUAUAAUCGGAUCUAUUUUAUAUGCGAUAGGAAAUGUCUGCGAAGAAUAUCUCGUUAAACAAAACAAUAGAAUAGAAUAUCUCGGAAUGGUCAGUCUGUUCAGUUCAAUUAUAUCAGGAAUUCAGCUAGCGAUAACAGAGCAUCGAGAAUUGGCAAAUGUACGAUGGUCUUCUAAAAUAAUCGCCAUUUAUUUGUUAUUUGCUUUUUGCAUGUUCAUCUUUUAUUCACUGGUUACUAUUGUAAUGCAGAAAUCGUCAGCACUUAUGUUCAAUUUAUCCAUUCAAACUGCUGAUUUCUAUACAUUAAUGUUUGGCUUAUUUAAAAAGGAGAUUUUUUAUUUUUUUUCUUUGUUUCAAGCUCUAUAUUUUCUUUCAUUUUUUACGAUUCUUAUUGGUUCAAUCGUUUAUUCGUUUUAUGAAACAGAACGUGGCGAACGUAGUGAAUUUUGUAGAAUUUUUAGUUCAUGCGGUCUAGACUCAGAUGAUGCUAGUACAAACGGAUCGUAUUAUGUAAAAUUUUUUUCCAAGUUUUCAAAAUUUUUAGAUAUAUCCAGAUAG